AUGGCUGCGAAAUUGAUUGAUCGACGUUUCCACAAUGUGCCAGGCAAGCUUCGUGUGGCCGAGCUGUUCUUUGAUGUGCCCCUUGACUACAGUAAGCCAAGCGACGGCACAUUGAGACUCUUUGCCCGAAGCGUCUCGCGUUUGAAUAAGCCUGUUGAGCCCGCUAAAGAGGAGCCCAAACUGCCCUGGCUUGUUUACCUUCAGGGGGGCCCGGGGUUUGGAUGCGCUGCCCCGCAAAAUUACGGCUUCGUUGAGUCAGCUCUCAGCAAAGGCUAUCAAGUUCUCUUCCUGGACCAGCGCGGCACUGGCCUUAGCUCUACCCUCACUGCGGGGACCUUGGCUCGUCAGGGGGACGCGAUCAAGCAAGCCGAGUAUCUGAAAAAAUUCCGUGCCGACAACAUUGUCCGUGAUUGCGAGGCUAUUCGGAAUUUUUUGACUCUGGAGUACCCAGAAGGUCAGCGCGCAUGGAGCAUUAUCGGCCAAAGCUUCGGCGGUUUCUGCGCUGCCACCUACUUGUCCAAAUUCCCCGAGGGCCUAAAGGAGGCUUUCAUCUGCGGUGGAUUACCGCCUCUUGUUGACAAUCCAGACCCAGUCUAUGCACGAACUUAUGAGAAGGUGCUGGAGAGAAACGAGGCAUAUUAUGCCAAGUUCCCCGAGGAUGUCGAGCGUGUCCGGGAAAUCAUGCGGUACCUGGCGGCUAACCAGGUUGCCUUGCCCUCCGGCUGGCUGACCCCAGCCCGCUUCCAGCAGCUGGGACUCAUCUUUGGCUUCCACGGCGGACUCGAUAUUCUGCAUGAAAUUGUCAUACGAGUCUGGAACGACCUUGAGAUCUUUGGCUCUCUUACAGUCCCAACUCUCGCUGUCAUUGAUAGCAAUGGUGGAAUGGAUAAGAACAUCAUCUACGCCAUCCUGCACGAGGCAAUCUAUUGCCAAGGCAAACCCUCACUUUGGGCGGCUGAUAGACGACGGGGAGAAAACCCUCAGUUCGAAAUUUCCGACUCACAAGCCCGGAUCUACUUCACCGGCGAGAUGGUCUUCAAAGACAUGUUCGACUCGUACACGGAGCUCAAGCAGCUCAAAGAGGUAGCUGAUAUCCUCGCUACUACCAGCGAUUGGCCAGCCUUGUAUGAUGAGACUCAAUUGGCCAAGAACGAGGUGCCCGUGUAUGCUGCUACUUACAUUGACGACAUGUACGUACACUAUGACCUGGCUUCCAGUACUGCCGCCAAGAUCAAAGGGACGAAGCAGUUCGUCACCAACACCAUGUACCACGAUGCUUUGCGCAGCAAGUCGAGCGAGGUGAUGCGCCAGCUCUUCAACCUUCGUGACGACUCUAUUGAUUGA